GGCCACUUCCAAGAGACGACAGUGACCGGCGGCCGGAUCCAGAGUGCCCGAGUGCCCGACGUCCUUCAUGGGGUUGGAUGAUCUUCUGCCACAAUCUGCCACAACGACCUACAAUGCUCCAACAGACUUCCAAACUCUUCUCGCCCAUUGCUGUCGGCUCGCUUGAGCUUCAGCACCGCGUCGUAAUGGCACCUAUGACCCGUGGCCGGGCCAACCCAGUGGGAGGUGUCAUUGCAGACUUCACAUACGAGUAUUAUGCCCAGCGAGCAUCGUCGGGUGGGCUACUGAUUAGCGAAGGGACCGUUAUUGCCGAAGAAGCAGGAGGUUUCCCUCAAGUCCCAGGCAUCUACAGCCAAGCUCAUAUUGACGCUUGGAAGAAGGUCACCGCGGCUGUCCACGAGAAGGGCGGCAAGAUUGUCUGUCAGCUUUGGGCUUCUGGACGCGCAGGACAGCAAGGAGCCAUACCCAAUAUCUUUGCCCCCAGCAAUGUACCGCUUGUCGACGGCGCCCAAGAGCUCUCCGUCAUGACUGAAGAGGACAUUGAGUGGUUCAUCGAGCAUUAUCGACAAGUAGCUGUCAAUGCCAUGGAGGCAGGCUUUGAUGCGGUAGAGCUCCACGGGGCAAACGGCUACCUCAUCGACCAAUUUGUGCAGAAAAAGACCAACCAGAGGACCGACGCCUACGCCCAGCCCACCUUCCUCUUCCCCCUCCGCGUCCUUUCCGCCGUCACCUCAUUCAUCGGUGCCCACCGCGUCGGCCUUCGCAUCUCGCCCUUCUCCCGUUUCAAAGGCAUGCGCGAUGCCGACCCCCUCGGUACUUUCGUCCCCUAAAUCACCAAGGUCCUUGAAGCGCAUUCCGACCUGGCUUAUAUCCAUGCGAUAGAGCCCAGGGCAGAGGGUUUUGCGGAUGUGGACGCCGUUCAGGGAGACGACUUGCAGCCUAUCAGACGGGUGGUGCAGGAGGUUGGGAAAGGGGUCAAGUUUAUCGUCGCUGGCGGGUACACUGUGGAAGACGCCAAGGCUCACGCUGACGAGACUGGGGAUCUUGUGGCAUUCGGGAGACUCUUCACUUGUGAGUUUUUGCCAAAUUCCUCAACGCUCAGAUGAUGGACGCUGUCUGGUCUCCAUAGCCAACCCAGAUCUUCCUAAAAGGAUCCAGAACGGGUGGCCACUCCAGAAAUACGAUCGACCAACCUUUUACAGCCCCGGGAGAGAGGGCUAUGUCGAUUUCCUUGAAUACCAAGAAGCCCCUCAGGCUUCUGCUUAGUUCUCCUACUCGCUGCCGUCGGGUAUGACGGAGACUAGAAAGGUCAUUAGUGGGAAUGCAAAUGUUGC